AACUGCCCCGCAAGGCCGCGCCGCGAAUCUGCUCGGCGAUCUGCUCCCGCGACGAUGGCCUCCGCCGCCGCCUCGACGACCUUCCGGUGGUUGAUGGUAGCGUCCGCCGCACUGCGGCUCGCCCUGGUGGCUUACGGGGAGUGGCAAGAUGCGCAUCUGGAGGUGCGGUACACGGACGUCGACUACCUGGUCUUCUCUGACGCGGCGGCCUCCGUCGCCGCCGGCUGGUCCCCGUUCGCACGCGCCACAUACCGCUACUCCCCGCUCCUCGCCUUCCUCCUUCUCCCUAACUCGCUCCUCCACCCUGCCUGGGGCAAGCUCCUCUUCUCCGCCGCAGAUUUGCUCGUUGGGUUGUUCAUCGACAACAUUCUGACACUACGAGGGAUCCCUGAGAAGACGCGGAUCUGGUCCGUGGCAGCUUGGCUGUUCAACCCCUUCACGUUCACCAUUGGCACAAGAGGAAACUGCGAGCCUGUAGUCUGCGCUGCCAUACUCUGGAUCCUCCUAUGUUUGAUGAAGGGUAGAGUACUGCAAGCAGCAUUCUGGUAUGGGCUGAUUGUGCACUUCAGAAUAUACCCAAUUAUAUAUGCAAUACCGUUUGUUAUAGUUCUCAGCAAGAAUUAUGCUGGUCCUGCUGGUAGGCCUAUUCUUACACAAUUGAGUUCCAAACAAAAGUUACAAAGUAACAAAGCAAAUGAAAAUGUGGAAGAACCAAAAUCACUUUUGGCCACUCUAUGGACUUCUCUUAGUAGCCUCAUCACAAAAGAUACUAUACUGUUUGGGUUACUCUCAGGAUCCAUGUUUUUUGCUUGGACCGGUGUUUUCUUUUAUCUGUAUGGCUGGGAGUUUCUAAAUGAAGCGCUACUCUACCAUCUUACUCGGACUGAUCCAAGACAUAAUUUCUCGAUAUAUUUUUAUCACAUAUAUCUGCACCAUCAGCGAGGGUUCUCAAGCAUACAGAAGCUUGCUUCUUUCCUUCCGCAGCUGAUUGUGCAAUUGGCACUCAUCCUACGCUUUUCUAGGGAUCUUCCAUUUUGCCUGUUUCUCCAAACAGUCGCAUUCGUUGCUUUUAACAAGGUUAUGACAGCGCAGUACUUUGUGUGGUUCUUCUGCCUUGUACCCCUCGUCCUCCCCUGGACCAGCAUGAAGCUGAAGUGGAAGGGUCUGUCCUGCAUACUGGUGUGGAUGGGGUCCCAGCUGCACUGGCUGAUGUGGGCUUACCUGCUUGAAUUCAAGGGCCAAAAUGUCUUUGUACAGCUCUGGGUUGCAGGUCUUGUGUUCCUUGCUGCAAACACCUUCGUUAUGAUCAUGGUGAUCAAGCACCACAAGUACACCCCACUUUUCUUGGCACCGGUGAAGUCUCGUAGCAAGAUUACAACCAAGAAGGAAUAGGCCAUAUAAUGUUUUCUCUUUGUCAGCUGAUGAUGCAUUCUUGAAGCAUGGAUCCCGAUAGUUUGCUGUACUAGAUCUUAUCUACGGAGUAUGUUGCAUCCUGUAACAUUGGUUUUAGUAUAACUAGCUAAAUGCACGUGUUUUGCUACGAAAUUAAAAUAUGUUUUGCAUGAGCUGUUCUUCAUAUUUUUCAA